CCGGGCCAGGUCGUGCCUGGUAAGAAGCUGUACUUCCGCUUGCUCCCGGUACGGAACUUCCUUUUAGGAAGGAGAUCAUCGGUCGAAAUGGAGAGCAAAAGACCACGACUGCUCCAGGAAGAGGACAAGCAGAAAACAAUAGCCAGAGUGGCGCUCAGUGCACCUUCCAUGCUACGAAAGAACCAGCUAGGUUUCCUCAGAUUCACCAACUAUUGCCGUUUAGCUCGUGAGCUGCGUGUGAGCUGCAUGCGGGGGAAGAAGGUCCAGAUUUAUAGCUGGGAUCCAUCCUCUUUGAUAGGCGUCCGAUUUAACUUAAUACUGGCAAAUACCAACACUGACCAGCUCUUCACAGUGCACCAAGUCGAAGCCGGCGGCUUCAAGUAUGGCAUCAUCACCAUCCGAGGUCUGAGGACCCCUGAGCUCAACGUAUACUCGCACAAAAACCUGUACGUCCCUAACCGGAAGGUGAAUUCUUCGUGCUGGGCCUCCCUGAAUCAUUUGGAUUCCCACCUUCUGCUGUGCUUCGUGGGAUUUGCAGAGACUCCGAGCUGUGCCGUGCUGCUCCCAGCUUCGCUGUUCAUAGGUAGCUACCCUGGAGCGUGUCGGCCUGGCAUGCUCUGCACUUUCCAGAUCCCGGAUGCCUGGUCCUGUGCCUGGUCCAUGAGCAUCCACGCCUAUCACUGCUUCAGUACAGGUUUGUCUCGGCAGGUCCUGUUGACCAACGUGGUGACGGGACACCAGCAGUCAUUUGGGACUAACAGUGAUGUCUUGGCCCAGCAGUUUGCAAUUAUGACUCCUUUGCUGUUCAAUGGCUGUCGUUCUGGGGAGCUUUUUGGCAUCGAUCUGCGUUGUGGAAAUCAAGGCAGGGGAUGGAAGGCCAUUUGUCUGUCCCAUGACUCAGCAGUGACCUCUCUGCAGAUCCUCCAAGACGGGCAUUGCCUGGUGGCAUCAGACAUGACUGGAACGAUCAAGCUGUGGGACAUUAGGGCCACUAAAUGUGUAACACAGUAUGAAGGUCAUGUGAAUAAGUCCGCCUACCUGCCCCUGCAUGUGAACGAGGAAGAAGGUGUCGUGGCGGCCGUGGGCCAGGACUGCUACACGAGAAUCUGGAGCCUCCGUCACGGCCACCUUCUCACAACCAUACCCUCCCCAUACCCUGCAUCGGAGGACGACAUUCCCAGUGUGGCCUUCUCUUCUCGGCUCGGAGGCUUCCGAGGAGCACCAGGGCUGCUCAUGGCUGUCCGGGAGGACCUUUAUUGUUUUUCCUACAGUUAAUUCUUCAGGAUACAGCCCAGAGGAACGUGGAUUUGACUUGAAGAAGUAGAGUAUGGUAUUACCGUUUCUAUGAGCGCAUUUUAAGAGCUGUUCCAUGUUUGUAGAUCCCAUUCAUCUGGCUGCUAGGGGUAAGGUGCUAUUUUAUGUGAAGAUAGUUUUGUAAAGUUAUUUCAGUUAAAUUGUGGGCUUAGAGAGUUUGAAAGUCCUUUUCAUAAAAGGUUACUACUUCCUUUUCUUAUUGAAUACCUUAAAAUAGUUAUUCUCUCCCCUUUUUUUAAACAAAAAAUACUUUUCUAAGGACUGAAGAUUGGCAAAAACUAAAAUUAAAACUGCUUCUUUCACCAGAAGCCCUUUAGAGAAUCAUAAUAAUGCACUGGUGAAACUAUUUGACUAGUUCUAUCUGGGUUCUGGAAAUAUAUACAUCAGGCUUGAGAAGUCCAGAGGGAGAGAGGCGGGGAGGGGGAGAUCAUUUCUUUUAGUUUCUACAGAAGUUUUUGAGGCUACAUUUUGGAAUCAUUAAACUUGGCCUUCUCAAUCUCAAUAGCAGAUCUCUGAGAUUCUCCUUUUAUUAUUUUCCAUAGGCAAUGGAAGGAAAAGUGCAUCUUUUUAAAUAAUAGAAGUUUUAAACUGUCCUUAACGUGCCUUUGUUGAGGCACCUUCCAGAACAUAAGGUUUCUUCAGAAUGCAGCUCUGGUUUCUAUAAUGAUGACUUGAAUGUCAGAGUCAAGGGCUCAGUGUCAAAGGUAAUUGACCUUGACUUGUGAUUUAGGAGCAGCAGUUUGUGAGAUGUUUAUUCAAAGUGUUAAAGAGCUUGUUUUCUACCAAACA